UGUAAAGUUCCGGAAAAUAUUCGAACGUAUCGUGACUAAUUUCUUUACAACAUUUCGAGCAACGUAUAUAGUAGGAAUAUUCAGAGCAACGCAGUACUUAAAAACUACAUCCGGGCACUUAUAAUUACCGUGCUCGAUAUCCAUUAUUCCAAGAACGGAUUCUCAAACAAAUUUUCAUCUUCUUCGAGAUAGUCUCGGCAAUAAACAUGGCUAUUAUCGACAAUGUAGUGAUCUACACGUUAUUGUUUUCAUGGAUUUCAAGGCCAUUAUUAGCUGCAACUACUUGCCCUUCCGAUACUUCAACCUACGUUGUUGGUGGCGCCAAGCGGUGUUUUCACGUCAGCAAUAUGAAAGGAAAUUUCAACGACUACAAAAAGAAAUGUACUGAUAAAGGCGGAACGACACUGACAGUUGAUUCUAAGGGUGUGGCAGACUUCUUCAAGAAUAGCUUCAGCCAGAGUAAAUUAAAUGACUAUUGGAUAGGAUUGGAGAUGACUACGGGCUUUACCUGGACUGCUACUAAUGAGGCGGUGAAGGAAGAUCUCUGGAAAAAAAACAAAGACGGAUCAGAGUGCGUGUUUUUAAAGCACGACAAAUGGGAGUCAACAGGAUGCUCGAAUAACGGAGUGCACUAUUAUGUUUGCGAGAAAAGUACAACUGCAGGAAAAGACGGUCUUUUGUCGGAUAAAUCAGGGUAG